AUGAUUACAAAAUUCAUUACUUUUAAAUUGGAUUUAUCAGAAUUCAAUUCCAUCAAAUAAAUUGUAUAGUUGACAAAUGGAUAUACAAUUUUAGGAGAUUAAUUAGUAGAAUAAAAAUUAAGUAUGAAAAGUUACAUAUAUUAGAAUCAAUGACAAUUGCAUUAAAUAAUUAAUUGUUGCUACAUUUUGAAAUAUAAAAUGGAUAAUGUAAAUUUGAAUAGCCAUAUCAAAUUGGAUAAGGACUCUUUAUAUUAUCCAAUAUAGUUGCCAAUGACAACUUUUUAGUUGCAUUAAUUUCGAGGUAGGGAAAUAGAAGCUUAAUUUAAAUCAAUCCAAAAGAAAAAACUAAUAUCUUUCUAAUCCCUAACCUUCCAUAUUAACAGUAUCAUAUUAGUAAUUAGAUAUUAGUUAGAUUGUGAAUCUAAAUUUUAACUGAUUUCAUUUAAUGACAGCAUUAUAUUAAUAGAAAUACA